CAAUGUACUGCAACAUUUCAAGGUUGUUAAUAUACCGCCAAGAAAUGACUGUUCUGUCUUGUUAAUGGAGUGCAUGCUCUUUCUGUGUCAUGAAACAAAGGGAUCAGUCUGCAGACCGUGCGGACCGCUUUCUGAAGAACACCAGAAAAAUUGGACACGGUAUAUUGACAUACUGUUGUCCAACUGGGAGGAUAAGGGCCAAGACACUACAUAUUAUCAUAAAAUAAGAACGCGUCCCUACUGCUGUACUCCAGGCCCUAAUUACUCAUGUCACUCAUAUUUUGUUAAUGAACCUAAGAGGGAGCCUAAACAAUUUUAUGACCUUACGUAAGUUGUCCAAGCUUUGAUGAUUUCACAGGUGUGCCAAAAAUAAUUUCUUUACUCCUAUCACGUGUGGAGGAACGAGUGAUAUUAGAUGUUGUUCCGAGAAGCAUUGUAAUAUCCCCACUUCAGAGGAACUCAUGUUACUUGUUAAAGACAAGCCUUCGGAUCCAUAUCCCGUAGCAGUCGCCCUGUUAACUAUCGUCUGUAUUAUUCUUUGUAUAGUGUCUGGCACGUUUUACUUUUUAUUGAGAAGGAAAUCAAUUCGACAAAAAUCUAUGAUCGCUUCUCAGCACGGAAAUACAUCUGAUCACUUAUGGACGUCAGGUAGUAUAGAGAACCAUUACUUUAAAGGAUCUGUGCAAGCUGCCGACACUGCAGUGGCAAACAAUGCUUAUCCUGGGAAUAUCAAACUAUACUCCAGCGACCCAUGUGCUGUUUCUGCUGGUAUAAGUAGUCGUGGUACCAGUAGUUUGAGUCAUUUUGGUGGCAACGUCGUAGGAGCUGCUCUCGGAAAUAUCAAUUCUUGUUCCAGUUCACCAACUGGUGCUUUGGCUAUUACUAGUACAUGGUCAAAUUCUGCUAUGCCUACUACCAGUACUAUUCCUGCUGACUUGCUUGAUCAAACGUGUAGUGGAUCAGGUUCAGGAAAGCCGUUACUUGUACAGAGAACAGUCGCUCGUCAGGUUCAGUUAGAGGAACGUAUUGGUGAAGGUCGAUAUGGUGUUGUAUGGCGAGGUGUUUGGCAAGGUGAUCAAGUGGCAGCCAAGAUAUUUUCUAGCAGAGACGAGCGCUCAUGGUUCCGGGAAACGGACAUUUAUCAAACAGUGAUGCUGCGUCAUGCAAACAUUCUGGGUUUUAUUGCAGCGGACAAUAAAGAUACUGGAUUGUCAACUCAGUUAUGGCUUAUAACGGAUUAUCAUCCUCUGGGAUCAUUAUACGAAUUUUUACAGCAGCAUUGCCUUUUACCAUCUGCGCUUGUACGUGCUGUCGCCUCUAUCACUAAUGGCUUAGCACAUUUACACAUGGAGAUCACUGGGACCCAAGGUAAACCUGCUAUUGCUCAUCGUGAUUUAAAAUCUCGAAAUAUACUAGUUAAAAUGGAUGGUGAAUGCUGUAUUGGCGAUUUAGGUUUUGCACUGAAAUUAGAUUCAACAAUGAAUUCCGCACUAGAAGUUAAUCUACACUCAGAUCGUGUUGGUACAAAACGGUAUAUGGCACCUGAAGUAUUAGAUAAUACAAUACGUUUAACAAGUCCUGAAGCAUUUAAACAAGCUGAUAUGUAUAGUUUAGGCUUAGUGUUUUGGGAAGUUACACGACGAUGUUAUGUGCAUAAUUUAUUUGGACCAGAUGAAUAUCAAUUGCCUUAUCAGGAUCUUGUUUCAGCUGAUCCUUCGGUUGAAGAAAUGAAAUCUAUUGUUUGUGAACAAGGUCUACGACCAGGUCUACCAGCUAUAUGGUCACAACAUGAAAUUAUCCGAGCAUUACAGGAUAUUAUGAGUGAAUGUUGGUAUGCUAGUCCAUCGGCUAGACUAUCAGCAAUGCGUGUCAAAAAAUCUUUAGCUGCUGUACGCAAACAAUUGGAUAAUAAUCCAGCCUUAUUAGAAUUUACACCGAAUUAUCUGCCUGCUGAGGCUACAGAUAAACUUCCUUUAGGCAUAAUACGAUGUCCAUCUGUACCACGUAAUGGGAAUAACAAUAACAGUAAUAACAGAACAAAUGGUUUAUUGCCAAAUCUUACAAAUAAUGGUAUUAUACCUGGCAACAAUGGUAAAGUACCAUUUUUCACAGGCAAUAUUAAUAAUCUUGUCAAUACUACCACCAAUGUUUCCAAUAAUACUCUGACUACUACUGCUUGCUGCACCGGCAGUAAUUGUUUAUUAACUUCACCACCGACAGUAACCAAUGCUAGCAAUACCAAUAAGAAUUCUCAUUGUGAUAAUGUAUUAUAUUCAAUAGACACAGGUUGUAGUGAUGAUGAUGGUAUCUCUUCUUCGCAUUGGUCGAAUAAUGAAUAUGAUAAGUUAUUAUUAUUCACUACGCAUAAUUCUUCCCUCCAUACAACUACUGUUACUAACACUAAUACUACUAAUAAUAAUUGUAAUGAUAAUAAUAAUGAUUUGAGUAGGGAACAAUAUGGUGAAAAUAACCAAAAGCAUUUAUCAACUUCAUCAAUCGAACCCUCUUCGUUAUUACGUAAUCAUCAUGAAAACUAAAGCUGCAUAAUGAUGAUCAACUGGAAGGAGAAUAAAUAAUGAAAUGAAAUGUGUGUCAUCAUCAGCGUCAUCAUCUUCUCCUUUGAUGGUGAUGAUGAUGUUGAUAAUAGUUGGACAGUGUAAGCAAAAUUCACGCGGCUCCUGUGUGAUGAGGUAUCAUUGUACCAGUGGUACAACACCAACAACAGCAGUAAUAACACAAAAACACGUCAACAACAAAUAAAUAUUUUCAUCAUUAUUAGAUGUAUAUGUACACUUGUACUAAUAUUCUUUUACCCUUUCCAAUUUUAAUUAUUUAUUUUUCGACUCUUUAGAUUGUUUUAUUUUGUGUGCUUAGCGCGUGUAUAGCGCGCAUGUUAUUUUUAUUGUGCAUUUUAUCCUUUCUCUGUGUGUGCGUGUAUGUGUGUGUGCUUACGGUGUGUUCUACCUCUGGUGGUGGUAUACACUUAUGAUUGUUUUGCUACUGUAUAUUUUCAUAUACUUUCUAUUAUUAUUAUUAUUACCAUCAUUAUUAUUUUGAGAAGGAAUAUUGUUACAUCAUCAUGGUGUCAAUUAACAAUUGCCUAUGUUGAUUGACAUUAUGGAAAUUGUAUAACUCUUAUUUAUAAUAUCUUGACGAUAACUGAAACUGGUGAUUUUAAAUUAUCCAUUGUUAUUAUUAAGAUUUAUACCCAGUGAAUACAUGUAUUAAAGAGUGUGUGUGUGUUUGUUAUUGACCCUCUUUAUUAACAGGUAUCACAUUAUCUUUUUAUAUAUUGAUCACAUCACUAUUAGAGACUGUUGUUUAACUCUUGAUCUCAGUGUAAAUCCUACAUCUGCAGAUACGAUGUGUACCUGUAUCGCAUCGUGUAGAGUUGAUCCUCUUUAGUAUUUAUACCUACUCUAUAUUAUUUAUUAAUUUAUUUUAACUCUUUCUUGGUUGUUCUGUUUAUUUUGUUCGUUUGUUUGUUUUACUUUUCACAUGAGUGUUUAUAUGUUGUUUAUUUUAAUUUAAUUUAAUUCUUCUCAGUCUCUUCACACACUGUUUAUUAUCUGUUUUAUUCGUCUUCGUUGUAUUGUAAAAGAAAAGUCUUUCAUUCAUUCACUCAUUGUUUGAAUCAAUCAAUGAUUGAAUGAAUGAGUCUGUGCGUUCAAAUGUUGACUUUAUUUAUUUAUUUAUUUUAUUCAUUUUGCCUAUCUUACAUUUCUGGUCACAUUAUAUUAAACUAUUCACUUCACCACAAGUAGUAGUAUCCAUCUUGUCAGUUUGAAAAUUUGUUUAGUUGUUCACAUGUGUGAGAGUUUUGUGAGUUCACUGUUGUAUAGAGAAGCAAUGUAACCACUAUCUAUCUAGCUAUAUAUUUGUCUCUUUUUCGUCUAUAACAAAAAACCAGGAUAUAUAUAUAUAUAUAUAUAAGUUCAACAUUUCUAUACACUAGGUGUCUCAUGUACUCAUUUUCUUUCUUAUGUGAUUGUUUGUUUGAAGCAAAACUUUCAGUUUCAUCAUUAAAAGAGAUUAAGCACACACUAAAUCAUAUAUGUAUACAUAUAUAUAUAUCCGCCUAGAUACUCAUGUUCUGAUGUUCUUCUGAUCGAUUGUUAUUCUCUCUCUGUGUGUCUGUGUGUAUACUGGUGAUCGUAAUAUCUGCUUUUCUUUUUGCUAUACUCCAUCUUUUCUUCUAUUAUUAUUAUUAUUACUUAACUGUUACUUCUUUGAUAUUUUGUUUUCUCUAUCUAUCCAAGUGAAUAAGUAGUAUGUGUCAUCAUCUUAUCGCGUUGAGAAUAUUGAUGAAGAAUAAUUUGUGUUAUGUGUAUGGUGUUGCGUGUGUGUGUGUGUGUGAAUGUGUUUCUGUGUGUGUUGGGGGGGAGGGGGAGGGGGAGAAGAUUUUGGCUUCUCUUUUUUUCCUAUUUUACUUGAAAUAUAUUUAUUUUUACUUACGUAUACACAUUUUCUUUUUAAGAAGUGUCUUCAUGCGGUUAAGUGAUUUGAUAGUGUGGUGAGUAAUAUUCAG